GGCCGGAAGUGCGCGCGCCGGCGACAUGGCGGCUGCGGCGGUCCCGCUGCGGACCCUGCGCCGCCUCUGCCGGGUGCUGCUCUUCCUCUUCCAGUUCUAUAUCUUGUCCGGCGGGGAGCAGUCGCAGCCGCUGGCUCAGUCAAUAAAGGAUCCGGGCCCAACACGUACUUUCACAGUAGUUCCCAGGGCAGCAGAAAGUACUGAUAUCCCACCUUAUGUGAUGAAGUGUCCAAGUAAUGGUUUGUGUAGCAGACUUCCUGCAGACUGUGUAGAAUGCAAGACAAAUUUCUCCUGUGUCUAUGGCAAGCCUGUCACCUUUGACUGCACGGUCAAACCUUCCGUCACCUGUGUUGAUCAAGACUUCAAAUCCCAAAAGAACUUCAUCAUCAACAUGACUUGCAGGUUUUGCUGGCAGCUUCCAGAAACCGAUUAUGAGUGUUCCAAUUCCACCAGCUGCAUGACGGUGUCCUGUCCCAGGCAGCGUUACAUUGCCAACUGCACCGUGAGGGACCACAUUCAUUGCUUGGGUAACCGCACUUUUCCAAAGAUGCUGUACUGCAACUGGACUGGAGGUUAUAAGUGGUCUACUGCUCUGGCCCUGAGAAAAGUUAUGGAGAUCGUUCCUGUAUACCUGUCAGCCACCUCCCCCUUGAUUGUUCACAUCUUAAGUUACCGUGGUGCAUUUUACAACUUGACUUUUAAAAACAUCACCCUCGGCGGGUUUGGAGCUGACCGUUUCUACCUGGGCCAGUGGCGGGAAGGCCUUGGCAAGCUCUUCAGCUUCGGCGGCCUGGGAAUAUGGACGCUGAUAGACGUCCUGCUGAUUGGCGUUGGCUACGUGGGACCAGCAGAUGGCUCUUUGUACAUUUAGCUGUGGUUAUGUGCUUCAGAGAGGAGCAGUGCUUAGCAGUCUCUUUGCCCGUAGGAAUUGAUGUGCUGUGAGUAAUGUAUUUGUAUGUUUUUAUGUACAGCAUCUGUACUUUGCCUGCCUUGAUGAAGGUAAAAUUAUAAAAAAUAAAAACCAUGUUUAUCUGGAAUUUGUU